AUGGCGGCGUGGCUAGACCUGCUCUCAGAUGUCACAGGCAGGUCCUUGGUAGACACCGGGCGAUUCGAAGAAAUUAUCCAGGGAAUGAGCCAUCCCAACUCGCAAUACCCUUCAUUUAUCUACUUUGCUGGCAAUGGAAAUCGGAUCAAGGCCCUUCAAGCUUUGUUUCCUCACAACAAUGUCACACGCAAGGGACCUACUGGACUCAUUCGUCUUCAUCUCAGUACUACGACCGCCCACACUGAACAUCCUAUCAUUUUUGCCGAGAGUAACCCUUUCAGCCAAGCUGGGGUGGGUGACACUUGCUUGAUUAGAUGGUCUGGAGACAAACAUAGAAGAUAUUCUAUUUCCCUUCGGGAGUCUCAGCCUCUAGCAGAUCUUCAACAAGACGUGAUUAGACAAAAGAUCUUGCCGUGGACUCAAGUUCUUUGUCUUUUUGUUAAUACCAUCUCUGAGAUGCAAGAUGUACAACAACUGCUAGAAGCACCAUUUGGAACCCUGUCCAUCGGAACUCAAAAAAUACCCAACUUAAUGCGUGUGAUAAUUAUCCUGUCAGGGAACGUUCAGCUUAAAAUGCAUGACACGGAUGAGGACUUUGAUACUCCCGAGGUAUGCAUGGGGCGACACAAAGUCACAAUACUGGAUCUCCGAGACAGAUCAGAAUUAUCUCCCACCGUUGUCUUUGAGCCAUUACGGAGCCUUAUUCUUGAUGAAAUCCAAAAAAUACGAAAAAUACAGAAAGAAAAGUGCCUCUCAAUCUCAGCCGUGCAUCUCAAUGCGCUCUGGGACCGAACUCUUCAACUUCAAAUGAAAGGACCGAACCCAACCAACCUUGACUGUCUUUUAGUGGCACGAGGGGCUUAUAUAAGAAAUAAAGCAAUGGUGAAUUGCUUUGUCGAGUUACAAAAGCAAAUUGCAAAUUCUGCAUGCCAUGAGAGUGAGCUCUAUGAAUUUAUCGCUUCGGCUCUGCUACUAGACGCCUAUCCGCCUGGGAUGCAUCUCUUUCAGCCACAGAUGAUUUUCGAUGCCCUUUAUCGGGACCAUUGUCGGGAGGCCUGGGAUGAGGAAAACUCGGAAGCAUGUUGUGUAAACAUUUCAGAUCAAUUUGUCGGGAGCUUCGCUCAACUGGAACCGAAGACGACCUCAGCAGCCAUUCGUCGGGAGUCGCUGGUAAGGUUCUAUCGUCAGUGGGGAGGCUUGCAGUCGACGACAACUUGCUUUUCUUGCAUGUGUCGGCCGCCAGAGCAUAUGCUACCUUGCAGACAUGCAAUCUGUGACACUUGCGUUGUACUGUUUGGAACUGCAAGUACUUGUGCAGAAUACCAUAUCGAUUUAUCCGAAUGCCCUAUCUGUGAUAUACCACUCCAACUCACAGUUCGCCAACUUCCUCCAACCAAGCGACCAAUUGUGAUAAGCCUAGAUGGGGGAGGAGUUCGUGGUGUCAUUCAGCUAGGGCUCCUACGAGCACUAGAAAGACGCCUUGGAGGUAUGUCGAUAGCACAGAUAUCUGAUUUGUGUAUCGGGACAAGUGUUGGGGCACUUUCAGCGAUGGAUAUAAUCUUCAACGAAGUAUCCGCAGAGGAAAGUUGCGCUAAAUUUCCCGCUUUUGCUCGGAUGAUUUUUGGAUCAUCUCCAAAAUGUGCACCAAAAUCUACAAUACCUCGAUGUAUUAAAUGGGUUAAAUGCCUGGUAGGCCUUUUAGCCGACUGCCAGUACGACUCAGACAACCUAGCGAGUAUCCUGCAGAGAGUGGUCGACCCCCAACGUCGAAUGUUUGAUGUCAUGGCGACGAGCUCCACCGGUUGUCGAGUGGCCAUUAUCACAAGCCGUACUUCUGACGGGAAAGCGUGCGUCUUGGCAAACUAUCGUGGGAUGGGUCAGCGCAAUUUUAAUGCGGCAUAUCAAUUCUUAACUCCUCGGACGGAGGAUGAGAAUCCUCUCUUACGGGACGUCGUCUUUCGAACGAAAUCUCUUCCAGGGUUUGGGUUCUUGCAGGAUGGUGGAGUUCGUGCCAACAAUCCUUUGGCAAUUGCACUCAACGAGCUAGCGGUCAUCUGGCCCUCAGCCAAAACGCAUGAUCUACUCUUAUCAGUGGGAACAGGGUCAUUUUCCUCUACGGCUGAGCCAGUUCAUACUGGCCGGAGUUUAUUGCGGGAUAGUGCUAUCCCUCGCAUGAUUCGAGCAACAAUGUCUUCCCCAGCCAUGGAUGGUGAACAAGGAUUUCGUGAGGCACUCAAUUUCGUGUCGGAUGACAAAAGAUCAAAAGUUUUUCGGCUCAACCACGAGCUAUCUCAACCGCUUCCUCGGUUGGACGAUGUGAGCAGACUAGCGGAGAUGUCCGAAAUGCAUUUUGCCGCUCCGGAUGAGCUAGUGAGAGCUAUCCUAGCAUCUGCCUUUUUCUUCUUUGAACUGGAUGAGCUGCCAAUCAAAAGACAAGGGGUAUACUUCUGUCAAGGGUCGAUCUUGUGUUCCCGAUCAUAUGCCAGGGAUCUGGUGAAGCAGGUCAUGGUCGAAUUUCCGGAGGCAAGGUUCCAAACAGCCCGCAGCCAUCAUCUCGGGGACGUCGGUGAAGAUGACGGUUGCCAUGUAUGUGGAUACUAUCGCAAAAAAGUGAGUUUUUCUGUCAAUAGUCUCGAAGAAAUGACAUCAAUCGGGAUUGCCGGCUCUUCGUUCUUUCAAGUAAUUGGCGGCUUUCCAAAAUCGGCGCAGGAGCUUCUCGAAGAUCAACAAGCAAAUUCCCAUUUUGGUCGUGCCGACCAUUUAGUUGCUGCCUGGCCUCCAAAAAGGAAUUGCUACUGCCCCCCACAGGUCAAACGCCACGUUCAAUUCAUAGAACCUGCCUUGGAGCAUAAGAAGCGGCGACUAUGA